ACGAAGGGAUUUCAAAAUAAGCAAGCUAAACUAAGAGAUCAUUCUGUUCUUCUGCAAUCUCUCUCUCUUUAUCUCUUUACUAUUCUCAACUCAAAUAUUGGAUGGUCCUUGUCGGAACACCCCCGGACGAGCGUGAAUUUUUCUUGUUGGUUCUCCUAUGUCUCGGAUCCCAGACAGUAUCUAUCUCCAACUACAUCACUCUUUUGCACUGCAUGGUCAUAGAAAAAUUUCUAUUGCGUACAAAACAGAAGCCGCCAGCAUCUUUUGCCUCACUGUAAAUUAUGAAAAAUUUAGGCUUCCAUCUCCAAUAGACCUUCAAAAUUUUUAGAGUUAAAAAUCUUUGAUGAGGGGCAGACUAGAUUGCCACUUUCGGCCACUAGUUAGCCAUCCCUCCUCCUUUCCUUGAAAUCAAUGUCCCCUUAACCACUUCCAUGGCGGCGACCGCCGCCUCGGUCCUCAACCGUCUCAUCCAAAACGCCAUCCGACCCAGAAAGCCUUCCAAACCCACCAACAAAUCCCUCACCGCCUCCAUCCUCCACCACCUCGACUCCGGCGACCUCCGCCGCGCCGUCGCUGCCGUCGCCGCCUCCGCCUCCGCCUCCCCCUUCCCUGACUCCGUCUACGCGCGCCUUUUCCAGCUCUGCUCCUCCCGCCGCGCCCUCGUAGAGGCCCGCCGCGUCGAGUCCCACCUCAUCGCCUUCUCCCCUUCCCCCUCAACCUUCCUCCUCAACCGCGCCAUCGAGACUUAUGCCAACUGCGGCAGCCUGAGGGACGCCCGCGAGCUGUUCGACGAGAUGCCGCAGCGGGACGGCGGUAGCUGGAACGCCAUCAUCGGCGCGUGCUUCCACGCCGACCAGCCCGAGGAGGCACUAUCCUUGUUCUCCCGCAUGAAUAGGUCCGGCAUUCGUCCGAAAGAUGUCACCUUGGCCUCCGUGCUCGGGUGCUGCGCCGACCUCUUGACCCUCUUCCUUGCAAAGCAAAUCCAUGGCCUAAUUCUGAAGCUUGGAUUCUGUUUGAAUGUGAUUCUAGGAACCUCACUUGUCGACGUCUAUGGGAAGUGCUGGGUGAUUGAUGAUGCAAGGAGGAUGUUUGAUUCCAUUCUGAACCCGAAUGCUGUUUCCUGGAAUGUGAUUGUCCGCCGGUACUUGGAGGUGGGUAGAGGAAAGGAGGCAGUCAUUAUGUUCUUUCGCAUGAUUAAACUCGGCAUAAAGCCAUUGAAUUUUACUGUCUCGAAUGCUCUAAUGGCAUGUUCGGACAUUUCAUCACUAAAGGAGGGACGCCAGGUCCAUGGUAUGGUGGUAAAGAUUGGUUUUGCAGGAGAUAAUGUCGUAGGGAAUUCACUCAUGGAGAUGUAUGCAAAAUGUGAUGUUCUUGAGGAUGCUCGUAGGCUCUUUGAUCAGUCCACCUCAAAGGAUGUGGUUUCAUGGACUUCCAUGGUGUCAGGUUAUGCAACAUGUGGGAGAAUCGAUGAAGCAGAGGCACUCUUUGAGGAGAUGCCUGAAAGGAAUGCGGUCUCAUGGAAUGCAAUGUUGGCGGGUUAUGUGCGGUACUUUCAUUGGGACAAGGCCAUGGAUUUCUUUAACCGAAUGAGAAGAGAAACUGAAGAGACCAACUAUGUCACUCUUGGUUUGGUACUGAAUAUAUGUGCUGGGCUUUUGGAUCUUGAUAGGGGGAAACAGAUUCAUGGGUUUGCUUACAGACAUGGCUUCUGUUCGAAUCUCUUUUUCAGCAAUGCUCUUCUAGAUAUGUAUGCGAAAAAUGGGUGUCUGAGAAGUGCAGAGGUUUGGUUUCUUAAUAUGGCAUGUCAGAGGGAUAGGAUAUCAUGGAAUUCCUUGAUAUCAGGGUAUGCGUGUCAUCGUCGAAGUGAAAAAGCCAUGUGUGCUUUCAGUGAGAUGCAAUGGGAGACCACUCCAAAUGAGUUCACAUUCGGUACGGUAUUAGCUGCUUGUGCGAAUAUCUUCUUGCUUGAACAUGGGAAACAAAUCCAUGGCUACAUGAUCAGAAAUGGUUUCGAGAUGGAUGUAAUUAUCAGAGGGGCAUUAGUUGACAUGUACUCCAAAUGCCGAUUGAUCGAGUAUAGCAUCAAAGUUUUUGAAAUGGAGAGUUCACGGGAUAUAGUCCUUUGGAAUUCGAUGGUUUUAGGAUGUGCUUAUAAUGGGAGGGGUGAGUAUAGUCUUGAACUAUUUGAAGCAAUGCGGAAAGAUGGGAUUAUAGCAGACAAUGUCACUUUCAUUGGUGUUUUGCUUGCUUGUAUCAGUGAGGGCUAUGUCAAUUUGGGUCGACGGUAUUUUGAUUUGAUGUCUGAAGAGUAUGGUGUCAUACCUCGGGUAGAGCAUUAUGAGUGUAUGAUCGAACUAUUAGGCAAGCACGGCUUCAUGGUUGAACUCGAGGAUUUCAUCGAGCAUAUGCCAUUUGACCCGACCAUCCCCAUGUGGACAAGAAUCUUCGACUGUUGCCGAGAACAUGGGAGCAGGAAACUAGGAGAAAGGGCUGCAAGAUGCAUCAAUGAAUCAAACCCCUUGAAUCCAGUUCGGUUUGAGGUCCUUUCUCCAGAAUCUUCUGUCUACACUUAACAAGCAAAGUUAGUUGACAUCAAUCACAGAGUGUAGUUGUCAAAAGGUCUCAAAUGUGGAUGAAUGAUGUGAUCAUAUGGACCAUUUUGCAAACUAGCUCAGCAUGGCAAUUGCUGUUUGGUGAAUGAUGAAUCAAGUUGUGGCUUCACAAGGUUGAAGGGUUCACAAAUCAAGCAAAUACAAUUGCCAACAGAAUUGUCUGCUUGUGUUGCCCAUGGGGAGGCUUUGCAUUAUUAUUUGGAGAAAGGUUUUUAAUUGUAAAGCAUGAAACUUUGGUUCUUGCAAACUAGGAGACAGCAGAAGGGCAACAAGGAGGCUAGUGUGAAUAAACACUAUCAAUACUAUGCUGUCCUCUUUUUACAUUAGUGACUGAUGGAGCUCAAACUAGUGAAGAAAACAAGAAUUACACCACCACAAACAUGGGUGAUGUGUCAAAUUUGUAGCACUGCAACAUCUAUGAAAUGCAUCAUGAUAAAUCGCUCACAAGAUUUCAAAUAUGAUAAGGAGAUCUCAUUAAAUUCUUAGUGGCUGAUCAGCCCUGGAGUUAAUUGACUUAUGUAACUCUUUGGCCCCUCUUGGGUCCUGCUGUGUAUCUUUUCCUCAUUCUUUUUUUAAAAAUAUAUAGCAAUUCUUGAACAAGUUAUUUAUCAAACAUUAUAUUGGCUAU